ACAAACCCACUUUCACCUAAUUUACAUGUGAACCUGGGCUCUGCAACUUGUUGCCUUGAUACCUUCUCGACCCCAGGAAUAGAUACCUUGUCAGUUUCCGGUGUUGGAUUUUGUCCUUUUUCGGAGAAUUAUAGUUAUCAUGGCAGCAGAGUUUAUCAAGUGUAGAGGGAUGAUAAGAGAAUAGACAAGCGGUGGAUGGGAAAGGCCAGCCACACGUUCUAGUGGCGUUCCCUCUCAUUUCUACCCUUUGCAGAUAAACAGGGACAUUUAUCGGUUAUUAUUAUGUAUGUGGUUUUGGCUCCAACAAAGAUGAUAUAUACAUUGACGACAGGAGCUGUUGGGGGGUUUUGAUUCUUUCAUGGGUACGGUUCGGUGAAGGAAUGAAUGAAGGGAGAAGAAAAGGGUGUUGACCAUCUCUCUUCAUGCUUGUUAGAGUAGGGCUCCUUGUUGCGGCCUCCGCUGCAGCCGUUGCAGUCAAGCGGGCUAAAAGCCCGAAGCAGCCUCGAGUGAAGCCUUCAGGCGAUGACGAAAUCCGAAAAGAGAAUGAUGAAGGAUCGAGCGUUAUCCACUGGGAGGACCAUGUGGAUGGAAAGGAAAAGAAAGAAGAAAAAGAGGAAGUUAAAACAAUCAGCAACCUGAUAAGCGCAGCCCUCUCCAGAAACUCUGAUAUUAUGCAGUUAGAAGAUGAAGACGAGCUGCUACCCGAAUUUGAGUCUCUUCUUUCAGGGGAAAUUGACUUCCCGCUACCAGAUAACAAUUUCAACACGAAGCCCAUUUCUCAGUAUGAUAUUGAGAUGGCAAACAACGCGGCAGAAGUGGAGAGACUUCGGAGCUUGGUGAAGGAACUUGAAGAGCGAGAAGUGAAGCUUGAAGGGGAGUUGCUGGAGUACUACGGUUUAAAAGAGCAGGAAACAGACUUCACCGAGUUGCAGAAGCAGCUAAGGAUGAAGACAAAGGAGGUCGACAUGCUCAACAUUACCAUCAACUCACUUCAGGCUGAAAGGAAGAAGCUUCAAGAGGAAGUUGCGGCUGGACUUGCGGCGAGAAAGGAAUUAGAGGGAACCAGGAAUAAGAUUAAGGAGUUGCAAAGGCAAAUUCAGCUUGAGGCUGGGCAGACGAAAGGGCAACUUUUAUUGUUGAAGCAGCAGGUAUCGGUGCUUCAGGCAAAGGAAGAAGAGGCAGCGAGAAAAGAUGCUGAGUUAGACAGGAAGCUGAAGGCUGUGAAGGAUUUGGAGGUAGAGGUCGUGCAGCUGAGGAGGAUGAGCAAGGAGCUGCAACAUGAGAAGAGGGAGCUCACUGUGAAGUUGGCUGCAGCAGAGGAUAGAGUGAAUGAACUCACCACCAUGACUGAGACUGAGUUGAUUUCCCGAGCAAGGGAAGAGAUCAACAACUUGAGACACGCCAAUGAAGAUCUCACCAAGCAAGUUGAAGGUCUCCAGAUGAACAGAUUUAGUGAAGUCGAAGAACUUGUCUACCUAAGGUGGGUCAAUGCUUGCCUCCGCUACGAGCUUCGGAACUACCAGAACCCAACAGGCAAAAUCUCCGCCCGUGAACUCAGCAAAAACCUUAGCCCCAAAUCUCAAAAACAAGCAAAGAGACUGAUGAUGGAAUAUGCUGACUCUGAGCGUGGCCAAGGCGACACUGACCUCGAAAGCAUCCCAUCUGCACCCUCAUCGCCAGGUGGCAGUGAAGAUUUUGACAAUGCCUCAAUCGAAAGCUAUUCUAGUAGAUACAGUUCGUUAAGCAAGAAGCCGUCGCUAAUUCAAAAGAUAAAGAGAUGGGGCAAGAGUAAGGAUGAUGCCAGUGUUCUAGCUUCACCUACUCGUUCUGUUGGCAGUAGUUCUCCAAUGAGGACUAGCCAAAGAUUAGCAAAGGGACCAUUAGAAGCUCUAAUGCUUCGUAAUGCAGCCGAUUACAAUGCAAUCACAACCUUUGGCAGGGGUGAGAAUGAUCAAAACGAGUUAUUGGAUGAUCCAAAUCUCCCGAGAAUUAAGACGAGAGUUGCUUCAAGCGAUUCGUUGAACUCUGUGGCUGAUUCGUUUCAGCUCAUGUCAAAAUCUGUUGAGGGAGUGGCGAAUGAGAAGUAUCCAGCAUUCAAAGACAGGCACAAGCUAGCAUUAGAACGAGAGAAAGCAAUUAAACAGAAAGCAGAGCAAGCGCGAGUUGAGAGGUUUGGUGAGAGUACGAUGAAGAGAGACCGGGAGAAAUCUGUCGCGUUGCCACCUAAGCUUGCACAAUUAAAAGAGAAGACGACUAUAGCCACCAGUGGUGCAGUCUCAGAUGAACAAUCUGGAAACAGUGAGAACGGAAAGGUUGGUGGGCAAGUUGUAAGCAAAAUGAGAUUAGCUGAAAUCGAGAAGCGAGCUCCGAGAGUGCCAAGACCGCCACCUAGACCAUCAGAUGCACUAAGUUCAAAUGAUGGUAAGAAUAAUGCUACUUUGAGCGGUAUACCACCUCCACCACCGCCUCCUGGUGGACCUCCACCUCCUCCGCCGCCAGGGGGGCCACCAAGACCGCCACCUCCUCCAGGAAAUUUGUCCAAAGGCUCAGGUGGUGGAAGUGGAGUUCAUCGGGCUCCUGAGCUUGUUGAGCUCUAUCAGUCUCUGAUGAAGCGUGAAUCAAAGAAGGAUCCAGCAUCAUUAGCUUCCGUAGCGUCUGGGGCCAUCGCAGAUGCCAGGAGCAAUAUGAUUGGGGAGAUUGCAAACAAAUCAACAUUCAUGUUAGCUGUUAAAGCUGAUGUGGAGACUCAAGGUGAUUUUGUCCAAUCCUUGGCCAUGGAAGUCAGGGCAGCUUCUUUUAGCAGGAUUGAAGACCUUGUUUCUUUUGUGAAUUGGUUGGAUGAAGAACUCUCUUUCUUGGUUGACGAGCGAGCUGUUCUGAAACACUUCGAUUGGCCAGAAAGCAAGGCUGAUGCUCUAAGAGAAGCAGCUUUUGAGUAUCAAGAUCUGGUGAAGCUAGAUAUGCGAGUAUCAUCCUUUGUUGAUGAUCCAAAACUUCCUUGUGAGUCUGCUCUGAAGAAAAUGUACUCGUUGCUCGAGAAAAUGGAACAAAGUGUUUAUGCACUCUUACGUACAAGAGAUAUGGCUAUGUCACGAUACAGAGAAUUCGGUAUCCCAGUUGAUUGGUUGUCAGAUUCGGGUAUAGUUGGUAAGAUUAAACUGUCCUCUGUGCAACUUGCAAGAAAGUACAUGAAGAGGGUUUCUACAGAACUUGAUGCCUUGGCCGGCACUGAUAAAGAACCAAACCGGGAAUUUUUGCUCCUUCAAGGGGUGAGGUUUGCCUUCCGAGUUCAUCAGUUUGCUGGAGGGUUUGAUGCGGAGAGCAUGCGAGCUUUUGAAGAACUGAGAAGCCGUGCCAACUCACGAACGCAAUCGACGUCAGCUGAGGCCGAGAAAAAUGAAGCAUGAUUGUUUCCUUGUGUUCGUGACCAUCAUGUUUAUACAGGAGAAUAUUUACAAUUUUACAUAUACCUUAUCAAUGUAUGUGUACAAAAGCCUUUUACGUGGAGAAUUAUGAGAUAUAUACCUUUUAAUGUGUAUGUACGAAUAUCUAUUACGAGGGAAAGUUACAAGACAUGUACCCUUGUGUUUCCUCGAGACGGAAUAAAUAUAUAUGAAUGUACAUUUGUACUUUUGCAAAA